CAGACUCCCCAUGGGCUGCAGAGUUACUCUCCAUCAUCACCUGUGAAUGAAUAUCUGGUCAUCAUGAAAGCCACAAGCGUGUUCCUGCUCUGCAUCCUGGGAGCAGCUCUGCUGUCCACGGUCCUCUGCCAGAAUGGAAUUGGCCCAGACAACUGCUGCUUCAAAUUCUAUCCACGAAGGGUGAAGAGAGAUUUAAUUAGGUCAUACAACUUCACGGAUCACCGCUGUCCCAAGGCUGGAGCCAUUUUUGUCACAGUGAAGAACAACCAAAACAUCUGCGUGGAUCCAAGUCUCGCCUGGGUUGAGAACACCAUGAAAUAUCUGGAUGAAAAAAAUUUGCAGUGAACCUCCUGCUCAUCCUUUCUCAUUUGUCUGCUUUAUCUCAGCCCAUGCAGAGUUUUUUCUAGUUCUGUAACAUUCUGAGUCUCAUUAGGGUCUCAGCAUAUUAUCCUGAUAGAACAGAGUGCUUUAUUUGGGUGUUUCUGAGGUUUGUAUCAUCCAUGUUUGGUUGAUUUGUGUUAAACUCACUGAAAAAUAUAUUUUUUUAUGCUUUGAUAUUUUAUAAAAUAAUCUUCCAUGUCUGUUGGUUUCAUGUGAAAUAGAAACCACACAUUGAUUGUUUUUGUUCUAACAAUUAAUUUCAGCAUUGUACAGACUUAUAACAGUGUGUUGUGUAAGAUGAGAUAAAAAGAUUCAAGAUGAGAUUGAAGAUCAGAUUGGAUCUUUUUUGUACACAUUUUUCUUUUCUACUGUUUAAGGCUAUUUUGGCUGCAAUUCUGGUCAUUUUAUAUACACAAUGAUUCUGUUUUAUUUCUGCACUUUUCCUGAGUCACUGCAAGACAAUCUUGUCCAACUAUGUAUUUGUUGAUGCAAGUUUGAAAGACAAUAAAGAUAAGACCAAGUCUAA